AAGGUUCCCCGCGCUUUCUCGGAAAACUUGUAGUUUUCUCUGGUUCCAAACAAGGAAGAGGAAGCGAGGGAAAAUGGAACAAUGGAUUCCGCUCUUGGACAUUUUUCUGAAUAAUCCGACACCGGAAACUGAAGCAUCCCUCUGGUUACAGCAGUCUUUCAAUUCCUCGUUAUCAACCUCAACCACAACCACAGUCCCACUAACCACCACCUCUUUCAUCUCAUUGCUCACCAAAUCCUGCAACCAAAAUGUCCAUUGCAUAGCACAUUCUUCUUCUUCUUCGUCACCGCGUUUGCCUCCGACCACAAUCAGGUUGAUUUUCCUACAGACUCUGCCCAGUAUGGUCCAGUCCAGGAUUUUGUCUUUUCUUGUUUUUGAGCGCAAGAGGUUUUGUUCUAAGGAUUUGGCUUCUCUGGCUAGAGAAAUAUUGAAUGGGGAUCUAGAUCUUGAUUUCUGGGUGAAGAAGGCUGCGCGCAAUCUGCUCGAUGUAGUGUCUGAGAGAUACGAUGAAUGGAUUUCGGGUUUGAAUUUGGAUUCUGAAAAAGAGAGAGUUGUUAAGGAGUUUGAAUCAAUGCCGGCUUGGCUUAGCAACGUUGCUGAUAGUAGCGAUUUGCUUCUAUCUUGGCUUCCUGUAUCGGCCGAUAAAAUAAAUUCAAGUACGUUCCAUAGUGCUAGUGAGGAUGACGAGGAUUCAGCGAAUCAAAUUGCAGAGAGAACGGAAGAAGAUACGAAGGAAGUUGUGCAUGAAAACGAGACUAACUGUCCGAUGGAUGUUAUUUUAGAGCCUGAAAUUGUUGAAAUGGCAUCUAGUUUGAGAGAUCGAUUGUUGAGUUUUGAGUCUCAUUCCAAAACUGCAAUCUUGGCCAGUGAAAUUCAACAACUUUGUUUAGACAGAGGAGGAGAUUCUUUUGGGAUUUUGGGUUUGAUUAAACCUUGGAAAGCAGAUGAUGAGGUUGCCUCAGUUCUGAUAUCUCAUCUUUCAAUUGGAAAUGAAGAGGAGCUUGGUUGGCCAAGCCAAGUUCUCUCAUCAAUUGUCCUUCCUAAGUUGUUGGUUCUUGAGGAACCAGCCUCUCGUGUUAUGAUGACUGCAACGAUAGAGUAUUGUAAACUCCACCAGAAGGCUGCGGAGUAUGCGUUAUUGUUUCCUUUGAUACUGCGGAGGACAGGUAUCAACAACCCUAUUUGUGAUGCAAUCACACAUGUUCUCAAAGAGUGCUUUCACCCGGCUCAUGUGUCUGCCUUCUGCCAGAAGCUUCUGUCUGUAGGAGAAGAUGAGAGGAAGUUUGUCUGUCUCCCUUCCCACAAGCAUCUUAUCUCUGAUGAAUUAGUGUGGACAGAAUCGCUCUUUAGCCUUUUUCAGAAUAUCUUGAAUCAGCAUGUUCAUUUGACUAAGGAUUCUGUUGAUCAUGUUGUUCAACAGAUUAGAGAAUUGGCCGAAAGGUUUUCUAAAUCUUUGAAAUUUGGGAACUUUUUGUUAUGUCUGGUCACUAAGUAUGGCCCUUUGUUGAAAUCUAAUAAGCUUUUGUUGACUGAAGCAGUUGAACGCACUGAUACUCUCGUUGCAAAAUCUAUAUUAUCAAAAUUGGCUGCCUUGUAGCUGUUCUACAGAACGUCUUUCGGAUGAUUUUGUUGAUCUUGAAUUAUUACUUCCUAUGAACGUCCUUGCUUUUUCACCUGUCUGUGCUCCAUCGGAAGGUAAUGGAAAAAAAGGCCUUUCCAAUUCAUUCAUGAGGUGGUCCUACUUUAGUUCAGGUUUGAAGGCCUUUAAGAUAUUUUAUUUUCUUUGUAACUUUAGUUAGGAAUGAUACUUUCUUACAUAUAUGUGUAAAACAUCAAUGAGAAUUGGCCAAUAGAUACCAUG